AUGAACUCCUUCCACCAGCUGUCCUCGCCCGCGGCCGGCGCGAAGCCGCAGCCCGUCCAGAAACCGGACAACCAGGCCCUCUUCAAGCUCGUGGUGCAGGCGCUGCAGCCCCAGGGCCCCUUUACCGGCUGGCGAGAGGCCUUCCCCGUGCGAGAACGUGCCCUCAAGGCCAUGACUAUGUGCGUGCUUCUCCCCUUUCUCUGCUGCCUACCAGCCUGUCUGCAACGCCCUACGACCCGGCCAGUCUCCGUCGUCUCUCGUGUGUUUGACUGCUAUUAUUCAUCUGCUCUCUCAUGGGUGGUGGAUGACGACAUGACUGGCCGGGCGUUUGCAAAGCCACUCUGCGAGGUCGGCAAGACCAUUAAUGCGGGCCUCAGAUUCGAAGAACAGACCUUUCGGGAGGCCAACGAGCAGGUACACCAGUCUUCUUCUUCUUCCUCUUCUUCCUCUUUCAUGAUAACAGCCGAUUAUGAACGCUUAGUGAAUGAGAAACACAACACAAUCCAUCAGUCUCGACUGAAACAGGCCAUGAUGAUGCAGAAUGGCAUGAUGCAGCAUGCAAACCAGCAGCAGCAGCAGCAGCAGCAGCAGCAGCAGAAUGGAGGCAUGCAAAUUCCCCCUUCGCAGAUGAACCUGCUUGCUGCAAUGCAACAACGUCAGCAGCAGCAGCAGCAACAACAGCAACAACAACAACAACAGUCGCAGACGCAGCAGCCAAUGCAGGGCUCACCACUCCCCGGUCAGGUGCCAAACGGGCGUAUGAACUUCCAACAGAUGCAUCCACAGCAGACACAGGCCUCGCCAUUCAUCCAGCAGCAGCUUGCCCGGCAACAGCAGCAGCAGCAACAGCCUCGCCAGGGACUCGGUAUGCUCCAGGACUUGGGGAGUCUCGCGCCUAAUGAACUCCAAGAUGUCAACGCUCUGGCAGACCAGAUGGCCCGCAACACCUCAGCCGAAAACCUCGAAAAGAUCAAGAUGAGCCUGCAGAACAUGCCUCCAGAGCAAAAGGAGAUAUUCGCCCAAAAGAGAAUAGACCCGCUUGCCCACUUCUUCAGAUCACAGGCCCUCGCCCAGCUCAGGAGACGGCGGCUGGAACGCAUGGGCUUGGUUGGCCAUGGUCAACAGCCAGGUGGUGGUAUGGAUCCCGCACAGCAGGCCGCGAUGAUGGCCCAGAUGGCUGGCCAGCCCAUGAUGGGAAUGCAGCAGCACAACAUCCCCAUCAGCCAGCCAGAUCUUGCUUUUAACGGCAGUGUCGACCAGAUCCAGGGGCAACAGGAAGAUGGUCUGCGUUCGCAAGAGGCAGGUCAGCUUGUGGUGCCUGCGACUGCCAAUCCACCAAAUGCUACUAUGCUUAACCCCCAGUUUGCCGCUGCUCAGGCUCAGCAGCGCUUCCAGAAGCAGCAGCAGCAGCAGCAGCAGCAACAACAACAACAACAACAACAACCAGGAACUAGGCCUACUAUGAAUCCAGCGCUUCUUGCACAGCAGCAACAGCAACAGCGACAAAACGCAAUGAGCAAAGGUCCUCAGUUCCAGCUGCAGCCUGACCAGACACGGAACCAAGCUGGCAUGAACAACCAGCUAGCCAUGUCUUCACAGCCAAACCAGCCAUCUCAGAUAGCACAGCAGCUACCGCCUCAAGGAGCAACUCCUACCAUGCCUAUGGGCGCUAAUCCCACCGCUCAACCUCCGCAGCAACAGCCACCCCAGCCCGGCGGAGCAGCCCGUCCUACAAAUCAUUCUAAUGUACCCCAAGCUAUCCGCGACCAGAUGUCACAAAUGUCUCCGCAGGACGCAAAUGUUUUUCUCGGGAAUUAUUCCAAACAAAUACGACUCCAACAGGCGGCCAAUGAGAACCGUGCCAACCAACUAGGCGUGGCCGGGCAGAACCAGGUCCCUCAGCCAGGUCAACCACCCCAGCAGCAGCCCGUUGACCCAAAUCAACCUCCUCAGAAUCUCAAUCAAGGCCUGCAAUUCGGCGCGGACCCGAACAUGCGCAAUAAUGCUAUGGGCAUGCAACAACAUCUCAUGGGUCCCGGCGGAGUACCCAUGCAUCCACAAACAUCACAACAGCCACAGCAGCAGCCACAACCAGGCAUGCCGCAAUCUCAACAACCCAUCCAGCACGCUAAAUCAUCACCGUUUCAACCCCAGGCUCAAACUCAGUCUCAGGCAGACCUCUCCCGUCAGCAGUAUAUGCAGCAAGCCGCCCGGGAACUUUCCGAGGAUCAAAUUCGUGAUAUGGACCGUGUUCCUUUCCCCCCAAGUGUCAUAUCUGCCGGUAUGGCAGGGAUGCCAAAUCCUCCCCCUGUCCCCAAAGCCCUCAAAUCAUGGGGUCAACUCAAACAGUGGGCUAGCCAGAAUCCUCAGGCCAUGGGCCAGCUUACACUGCCGAAACUGCUUGCUUACCAGAAAAUGCAUUUCCAUGGCUUGCAGAAGGAGUUCGCUACUCGAUUCCAGGCCCAAGCUCAAGCCCAGGCUCAGGGCCAGGCUCAGGCCCAGGCCCAGGCUCAGGCUCAGGCUCAGGCUCAGGCCCAGGCUCAGGCCCAGGCCCAGGCUCAGGCUCAGGCUCAAGCUCAGGCUCAGGCGCAGGCGCAGGCGCAGGCGCAGGCACAACUAGCUGCACAAGGACAUGGACAGAACUUCAUGUCUCAGCAGCUCCAGUCACCUUUCCAACAACCAGGACAACCCCAACAGCCGCAACAGCAACCCCAGCAACAAACUCAACCACAGCAGAAUGCAAAUGCUCAGCAACCGGCUCCAGGCUUCAACCAGCAGGGUUUCCAACCACAGCCCAGAACUACCCAACCAGGGCAACAACCGGGGCAAAUGGGACAGCUUGCACAACAACCCAGUCAACCAGGCCAGCCAGGGCAACUGCCACCGGGAAUUUUGCGGCCUGUCACCUUGAACGACGUACAGAUAGCACGGCAACAGCUAGGUGCACGAGCGCAGAAGCUUAGUGAUGAAGCGUUGAGAAUCAUUCUAGAAAGAAACCGACAGAAACAGAUACUCAAGGCCCGUGGCAUCCCACCGGGCCAACCUCAAAACCAGGCUCAGCUGCAACAGGCUCAGGGGUUCAUGGCUCAGGGACAACAGCAGCAGCAACCAAUGCAGCAGCAACAGCAGCAAUCACAGGCUGGUCCUAUGCAAAACGUUGGCCUAGGAGUCCUUCCCGAAUAUCCUCCAACUUCUCAGCAGCAGCAGCAGCAGCAACAGUCGCAACUGCAAAACAUGCAACCACCCAUCUCCUCCAGUCCAAUGCAACCCGGCAUCUCUCAACCAAACUCUACCCAACCCCUGGUCAAGCCCACGGCAGCUCCUACGACUGUUCCUCCAUCGGCUAAGCAGCGACCCGUUCCAACUACAAAGCCAGCCCCUGUCCCCGCUGCUGUCCCCGCUCCGCCUCAGGGCUUGAAACGGCCCAACCCGUCUGACACCGAAGCCCGACUUGGCGCAAUGGACUCUAACUCUCAAAUGAACUCCAACGCUAGGCCAAUGCCUAUCCCCAUGUCACAGUUUAAUCCUAUGAACCUUGCAGCCAUGAACCCUCAACAACGAGCUCAGGUUGAAGCGCAUCUUCGCCGCCAAGCGCAACUGGCGACUCAAGGCCAGCCUCAAAUGCCCAACUUAACCCAUCGACGCACGAGAGAGGCAACUGCCGAAGCUUGGUCUCGGCUUCCCGAGCCCAUUAAGCGAGCGUACGAAGACGAAGUUCGGAAUGAUACCGAAUUUGCCCCCGUACCCAUGACUCCUGUCGAAUACGCCGAUGCAUCUCAGAAGCUUAGAGAUGGAGUUGAUAUGAUUGCUAACUUGGAUGCAUUGAUCAUUUGGUUUGCCAAAUUUAGGGAGCAGGAUCGCUCCCUGAGAAUGCUGUUGCAAAUGAGGGUGAAGUUAAUGAAGCAAUUCAAGCCGAAUGACUGGACCGUCGCCGAUCAGCUUACUUGCAAGCAUGAUUUCGUUCACCAUGCUCUAAGUUUUAUCCAACGCUGUUACGCAGCCAUGUUUUCCCGCCGACAAAAUCCACAGAACCAGCAGGGAAUGCAGCAACCUCAGCAAGGUCAACAGCCACAGCAGCAACAACAACAGCAACAGACACAGCAACAACAGCAGCAACAAAUCCAGAUGCAGAUGCAGCAAGCGCAAGCCCAGCAGGCACAGGCUCAGCUCCUACAGACACAGCAAGCACCUUCAGCCGCUAAUGCUGGAAGAGGCACUGCCAGCCCACAGACACCCAACGUACCUCUGAACGCAGUGAAUCUCCAGCAGCUUGAGCAACAAGAGCGCGCCAGGCGAGGACAAUCUCAAAGUUCCAUCCCACCAACCGCCCCCACUACCCGACAACCGCCAUAUCAGAUCGGCGCCACAUCUCCACAAGGCAUCCCGCGCGCUUACGGUCCCCACCAGGUAACCAAAGAUAACCUUGUGAUCCCGGAGACGAAGAAACGCAAGAUGAAGAGGCCUGCCAACGAGUCGCCGGUUAAAACCAACAAGUCUCCUGCCAGCAAGAACCAGCAGCUCAAGGCCACUCCCCCUGCGACUACACCGGUGGCCGCUACCAAGAACGCAACUCCCCCAACACAAGUGUUUAGAUGUAAAGUCAGCGACUGUUCACAGCGCUUCAGAGGCUUCCCAUCCCAAGCAGCAUUGGACCAGCAUGUUCAGGAGACGCAUUCGGCUGAAGAACCUAUCGACAAUCCUCUUGACUACCUGCUUGAAAGCAUCAAGAUGGGUCUCGGUGUUAGCAAGACCGCGAACCAGCAUAAUGGAGCCGAUACGAGGGCCGCACCUGCUAUCACUGGCCCAAGCUCAGUAGAAAUGAAGCCUUCACCAUCUCAGCAGGAGAAAUCGUCUAUCCUUAAGGGCUCCGCUAGCGCAAGCAAAGAUAAGAAGGAAGCCACCGCACCUACCACGUCUCUCGAGGCAUCUGCCGCCACUAAGGAUGCCUGGUCCGAUAGCCCCAUAUCUAGGGAGAUGAUCCGCACCGCUUUCACCGAGAUAGGCGAUGAAACCUCUUGCGGCCUCGUCACCGACCCCGUGGACGAUGUUAUUGCAGAAAGAGUCCAAGCUCUUACAGAUGAACUCUUUGAGACCGCACCUGCCAAAGAAUACUCCUCUGGUCCACGCCACCAGCCACCAGACGACACCCCAGCAUCCGCCUCGUCUGCAAUGAUGCAAACUCCACGAGAUGGUGAAAUCAAGGACGAAGAAAUGGGUACGGACACGGAUAACUGGAUGCCACUCGAUUGGAACAAUCUCCCGGAUCAUCUAGACGAUGAUAUGCUCACCAACGAUGGAUGGCAAAGCGUCAACUGGGACGCAAUGGAACUAAACGACAACUUUACCGAUAACUCCUCCAAGCUACGACCUGAGCGGCCCAUCUACUCCAUCUAA